AUGACGAUUUUACUCACGGGCGGACGUGGCAAGACGGCGAGCCACAUCGCCGCCCUGCUGGAUGCGGCCAACGUGCCCUUUGUCGUGGCGUCCCGUACCUGCAGUCCAGGCUCCAAGUAUCGUCAGUUAACCUUUGACUGGCUGGACAGCAAGACGUACGAUAAUGUCUUGUCGCCGCAAGAAGGGAUGCGCCCAAUCUCAGCUGUCUGGCUUGUUCCCCCCCCGAUAGCCGACUUGGCUCCGCCGGUAAACGCCUUCAUCAACCAUGCCCGCCUCAAGGCGGUCGAUAGAUUUGUGCUACUCAGCGCAAGUAUGUUGGAACGAGGCGCUCCGGCAAUGGGGCAGAUUCACCAGCAUCUGGCGUCCCUCGAGGCCGUCAAGUACACGGUAUUGAGGCCAACUUGGUUCAUGGAGAACUUUUCUUCCCCAGACGACUUUCAGUGUAAAGCUAUUAAAAAGGAGGGCAGGAUAUACUCGGCAGCGGGAAACGGCAAAAUCCCAUUCGUCUCCGUGGUUGACAUUGCCCGAGUCGCGUUCCACGCACUGAAGGGAGAUUUGCGAGACAACACGGAUCCUAUCUUGGUCGGACCCGAGCUCUUGACGUAUGACGAUGUCGCCGAGAUUCUUACAACGCUGCUCAACAGGAGGAUAAGCCAUGUCAACCUGACCGAGUCGGACCUCGCCGAGAAGAUGCACGAGUACGGCAUGCCCCCUGAGGAUGCUAAAAUGCACGCCUCGAUGGAUCUGAUAGUACGGGCAGGCGGGGAGGAGAGACUCAACAACUCGGUACUUGAACUGACGGGCACGAUGCCGCGAACUUUUCUGGAUUUUGCCUCAAGCGAGAAGCAAGUCUGGCUAUAG